AUGACCUUUUUCAUCAACAAUUUCUCUCCAGUGACAUUGGUUCUGCUUAACUGUGUGUAUAUGAAAUACGUCACAAAGAUCCAGACAUUUUUGUCAGGGAGCAAACUGAUUGUUUUGCUCAUCAUCAUAAUCUCAGGGAUAUACAACCUGGCAAUAGGUGAGUAGAUUGUUGCUUACACUAGGAUAUGCCUGAUGGAUGUAUGUACAGUGCUGCUAACAUUAGGAUGUAAAGGGGUCCUUAGAGUAUUAGACUAUGUGGCCCUUAGAUGAUUCGGCUAAGGUGAUGUACAGGGGUCCUUAGAGUAUUAGACUAUGUGGCCCUUAGAUGAUUAGGCUAAGGUGAUGUACAGGGGUCCUUAGAGUAUUAGACUAUGUGGCCCCUAGAUGAUUAGGCUAAGGUGAUGUACAGGGGUCCUUAGAGUAUUAGACUAUGUGGCCCUUAUAUGAUUAGGCUAAGGUGAUGUACAGGGGUCCUUAGAUUAUUAGACUAUGGGUAGGUACAGUAGUCCUCGUAUUUGAUGAAUAGACUAUGGAUAGGUAAAGUGGUCCUUAUAUUAGAUAAUUAUACUAUGGAUAUGUACAGUGGUCCCCCACAUUAGAUGAUUUGACUAUGGUUAGGUACAGUGGUCCUCACAUUAGAUCAUAAGACUUUGGCUGGUACAUUGGUCCCCCCAGAUUAUGUUAUUAGACAACGGUUAGUAAUAGCGGUUUUUACAUUAGGUCAGUGGUUCUAAACAUGUGGGUCGCGACCCCUUUGGGGGUCGAAUGACCCUUACACAGGGCACGCCUAAGACCAUCGGAAAACAUAUUGAAGUAGCAACCAAAAUAAUUUUAUGGUUAUGGGGGGGGGGGUCAUCACAACUUGAGGUACUGUAUUAAAAGGUCGCGGCAUUAGUAAGGUUGAGAACCACUGCAUUAGAUGAUAAGACUAUGGUUAGGUACAGUGGACCCCAACAUAAGAUUAUUAGACUUUGUUUUGGUACGGUGGUCCUUACAUUAGACGUUGUAUAGGUGCAGCGUUCCUCACAUAAGGAUUUUCGUAGGUACAGUUCAUAAAGUUUAGUUUCCUGUACAGAAUAAUCAAUAACUUGGUAAAACCUUGAUUAUGACCUGGCUAAUGUUUUCUCAAUUGUUCGGUACACUAACUCAUACACAGGUCCAUUGCAUGAUGGGAAUGAUAGCAUUAGCUGCUUGUUUUCUUGUGUGUGUUUGUGGAGCAAUCUCGUGUUUAGAACAUGAUAAACGUCAGCUUGGAUCAAAAUAGUAUGUGGUUUUUAAUGAAGUAGUAUGGCCGAGUAAUUCUUGUGACUAUUUUUUUGUUUGCACGUCUGUAGGUAAAACUGAAAACUUCGAUGCCCCGUUUGAGACAACAACACGAGAACCUGGUCAGUUUGCCGUGGCCAUCUUUUACUCCAUCUUCUCUUACGGUGGUUGGCAGGUGAUGACGACACUGCUGGAGGAGGUCAAGGACCCUGGAAGGUAACCCCCCCCCCUCUCUCUCAUACCACCAACAUUUUAAAUCUCAAUUAAACUAUGUUUAAUUUAAUCAUAUAUCAGUUCAAUGAGGGCACUCAAUUAUUGUUACCCAGAUAAUAUGACAUCCUCACACUUACUGACUCACUGACCUAUGCCUUCAUUUCAGAGACCCGCCCCGCUCCGUGUACAUCUCAUUCGCCAUCGUCAUCAGCAAGUACAUCAUGGCUAAUGUUGCUUACGUCACACUGCUCACGCCUGCAGAAAUUGUCGGAUCGUCUGCUGUGGCCUCGGUGAGUUGCCCCACCACAUCCGGGGUGCAGUAGAGCAAUGCUAUCAUUGUACGUCUUGUGUCUAUUCAAAAAAAUAUGUACAUGUAUGUACAAACUCCAGCUCAUGGUGCCGCUUUAGAGUUAUUUUUGCCGAUAAAACAGUACUUGAGCAUCACGUCAUACCUUUGUGUAGCGUCCAUCUCCUGCUUUGGUUACGCCGAUGUCAUUGAAAUUCUUUAUAUUUCUUAUCAUUCGUUCGUGUCUAUGUGUGUUGGAGAUAUAUGUGUAUGAUUGUAUGUACAUCUGCGUGUGCGUGUGUCAGAGUGUAUGUGUUUGAUGGGAUGCAUUAAUGUAAUGUGUAUAUUAGCAUGUUUGUGUAUGUUGAUUUGAACCACUGACAUCCUAAAUAACUCAACUUUUGUUGAUAUCCUCAAUGCUGGCCAUUAUGGUUUUUGUUACACCGUAUAGCAUGGAAAUUGUAUCCCUUCAAAUAGUAUUUAUCGUGGUCUAUCGUUGCAUUACCGUUACAGAAGACAUCAUUGGACGGCUGAUCUCAACUCACUCAAACCUCAAAGCUGCGCAGUUCUUUCAAAUAUAAAUUGUAAAUAAAUUUCACGUGUACAUUUCAAAGUAACACCCCACCCCAGCGCCCCCCCCCCCAAAAAAAAAAUUGAAUUAAAAAAGAUAAUAAAGAUAAAAAUUCAUCGCCCAUAUCAAAGCUGCGCAGUUCUUUCAAAAAUAAAUUGUAAAUAAAUUUCACGUGUACAUUUCAAAGUAACACCCCACCCCAGCGCCCCCCCCCCCAAAAAAAAAAUUGAAUUAAAAAAGAUAAUAAAGAUAAAAAUUCAUCGCCCAUGGACGGAGCUAAAAGAGAACGACGACUUUGAGUCAGCGAGAUCUGAACUAGAGAAUACGCCAUCUAGUCGAGUCAAUUCACUUCAGUACUGAUCGCCGGCUCCAUUACCCCAUCUAUAUCAAUUAGCGCUAUCCAUUACUGCUUAAAAGCGCCACCCGAACAGGUCUCCAUUGUUCGUCCCGACAACAAUUUGUUUCAUUGACAACUGUUCUGUGACGUACAGUCAGCAUCCAAACAUCAGAUGUACAGCAAACAUACAGGGUAAUGGACGUGGGUGGGAGAGAUUGGGGAGGUGACCUUCAACCCGGACUUGACAUUCGUAGAUGAUCUACCAAACAACGUGUUUGUUUUUUUUAGAAAAACAUUUUUUAAAAAAAAAUUUAUGUUUUCGAAUACUUGAUUAAUCCCAGCCUCGUCGGAUCAUGUUUAACGUUCAAAUGUAAGUUCAAUGGUCACUAAUGAAUGAAUAGUGUGUCGUGUCAAACUGUAUCAGUUAUAAGAAUCACAACUUUUACAUCAUUGUUUGGAAAUAUUGACACCGUAUGAAAGAUGACCUAGUUAAUAAACCAGGUCAGUCAAGUUAAAUCUGGUCUGCCCCUAAAUCUAACAUUCAACACUCAGGUGAGCCGCUUAUUCUAACAUUCAACACUCAGGUGAGCCGCUUAUUCUAACAUUCAACACUCAGGUGAGCCGCUUAUUCUAACAUCCAACACUCAGGUGAGCCGCUUAUUCUUGGAUUUAACCAACAGGAAUGCCUCCCCCCCCCCCACUUUUUUUUGUGUACAUUCAUCACUCAGGAGCGCCCCUUAGUUUAAUGAUUAACCAGAAGGAGCGCCGCUUAUUUUAAGAUUUAAUCACCAGGUGUGAUUCUUAUUGUAACAUUUCAUUAAAGGUGAGCCGCUUAUUCUAACAUUCAACACUCAGGUGAGCCGCUUAUUCUAACAUCCAACCCUCAGGUGAGCCGCUUAUUCUUGGAUUUAACCAACAGGAAUGCCUCCCCCCCCCCCCACUUUUUUUUGUGUACAUUCAUCACUCAGGAGCGCCCCUUAGUUUAAUGAUUAACCAGAAGGAGCGCCUCUUAUUUUAACAUUUCAUCACCAGGUGUGACUCUUAUUUUAACAUUUCAUCACCAGGUGUCACUCUUAUUUUAACAUUUCAUCACCAGGUGUCACUCUUAUUUUAACAUUUCAUCAUCAGGUGUGACUCGUAUUUUAACAUUUCAUCAUCAGGUGUGACUCGUAUUUUAACAUUUCAUCAUCAGGUGUGACUCGUAUUUUAACAUUUCAUCAUCAGGUGUGACUCGUAUUUUAACAUACCUUCAUCAGGUGUGACUCGUAUUUUAACAUACCUUCAUCGGAAGCGCCCCCCUUUUUCGAACAUUUAACCACCAGGAGCGCCCCUUAUUCUUACAUUCCAACCAGCGAUGAGCUUCUUUUACAUAACAACAUAUCUUUACCGAUUUGUAAACCAAAAUUCCUAUAGCUCAGGGGUUGUCACUAAGUUGUCAGCCUUUUUGUGCAGAGAGCCACCCGAGAGAUGAUUUGGAAGAUUUAUUUGUUUGUUUUGAUGCGCCGUGAUUAGUACAAAGACAGUUGACCAAUUGUACAAACAGGUGAUUCCUUCAUUUUCAAAGGUUUUCGUUGUCAAAUGGAAAGAAAGAAAACUGAAUCUUGUAGCGAUGCUUGGUGCAGUUUUGAGCCUUGGCCAUCGGCCCGCCAAACUUCAAAGUAUUUCUAACACUGGUCUACAGCAUAUUAUUACUGUAGACGUAGGUGCAUAUGUCGUCGCAUGAACUCCACAUUUUGAAGCAAUCAAGUAAAGUUAAUCCAAUGUACCGAAUAAGAGACAAUUUUGUUGUUGUUGUUGUUGUUGUUGUUGAAAUAACGCUGACAAUUAGCAUUGCAGUGUCCUCUUAUUAAAACAAAACAACAACAUCAACAACGUUUGAUAAUUUUCUAAAACUACCGUCGAACUAUUGUGGAGAGGUCUUAAAGUACAAUCCACGGUACUUUAUUGAAAAACAAACAACGACCAUAAAAUGAAAACUAGGUUAAUGCCUUGUCGUUUUCAUAAGUAAACAAUUCCUCCCCCCCCCCCACUCCAACCCCCCCCCUUGCGCUAAUGCCGGAGACAUGGGACACAACCCACAAGUUAACAUACAUUAAUUACCUGCCGGUGUCUUUAAAAUUGUUUAUAAAACCUUUUAGGUCAAUGGGUCAAAAUAUGUAUAAAAAAAUAAUAAAAUCUCGUCAUAUGACCUUCAGUCUCUAACUUACAAAACAAUCGUAAGGUCUUCUUAUUUGCGGAACGGAAACGUGAGGCCCGCGAACAGGUGCCGGUCCUCGGGGACCACUUUGGGCAAUGCUGAUGUAUCAAAUACAGAGACGAUGCCCUACUUCCAUCAGAGGUUAUUAGUUCAUCCUGUCGACUUCGUAUGUUAACAUAGAGUUUAGAGGAUGCUGUAUAUUGCAAUAGCGUUCACCAAUCUACAUAUAUUACCACACAAGUCAUUCAACUGCGCAUAUUACCAUAGUGCCCGCCCAACGACGUAUGUUUGCAUGACACCCACACAACUGACUAUCAUUGUGUACCCCUCCCCGUCACCAUCUGUUACAAAUCUCAUAAAACCACCCUCAAAGUAAGACACGCUUUCGAACUACAAAAAUUGUUAAAAAUUUAAAAACGUAUUACAGUAUAAUCUAAAAUACACGUUGCUAUUAAAAUAUUACAUUUAUCCAGGUGACAUCAUUAAAUUAUUAAAUUUCUCUAUGGGACAUAUUCUGUCAGAAUGCAUCCAUCGUAGCAAACAGUUCAACAUCACUUUCAAAAUUCAUGUUUAUAUGAUGUAAUUAUAAAAUAAUUUAAUUUGUGACGUAACGCAAGAUAUUAACCACCACCCCCGUGUCACAAGAUACUUUCUUUGAUUCCCCCCCCCCUCACACUUCCGGAGCGAGACGUACUUUAUGGAUGCCCCCCUUCUAUUUACAAAGUAUCCAUAAAACUUACUUACGCUUGCAUACAACUCUCUCCAUUUCGUAUAAUUACAUGAGCAUCCUUCCAUUUUACAUAGCAUCCUCAUUCCUCACCAACACAUAUGUUUACCAUGUCCGUCUCAUAUCUUGUCAUCUUAUAUGUUUAAUAUGACAGUCUCAUCUCUUGUCUCCUCCACAUCUCCAACAACACUUCCAUAUUCACAGAGCAUCCUCACCGACACAUAUGUUUACCACCACCCUUUCGUCCGAGCAACACUUACCAUAUGUUCAUGCUAUUGUUGACUAGAUGUAUUUUGUUCUCGUCAACAGGACUUCAUCCAGCGGAUGUACAGCCCGCUUGUCCCCCUUAUUUCCGUCCUUGUAGCCCUCACGUCCAUCGGUGCCCUGAACGCUUCCAUUAUGGGACACUCCAGGUACGGACAUGACUCUUUACAAUAGCUGCAUUGAUUUUUUUCUCAGGCGCGUCAUCAAAAUCCGUUUUUCCUCUUUAGUUUUUUUUUUUUUUUAAACGUUCCAUUAUAUCUUCAUUUUUUUUGAAAGAAAUCGUUUUUAGUGGUCUGGUGUUAGCCCACGUGCGGCCCCCACAUCGUAAGCUACGGUGGAUUAGCUUAACAAACCUCAAGCUGCAUUGAUUUUUUUCUCAGGCGCGUCAUCAAAAUCCGUUUUUCCUCUUUAGUUUUUUUUUUUUUUUAAACGUUCCAUUAUAUCUUCAUGUUUUGUGAAAGAAAGCGUUUUUAGUGGUCUGGUGUUAGCCCACGUGCGGCCCACACAUCGUAAGCUACGGUGGAUUAGCUUAACAAACCUCAAUCAACAAUGUUGGCAUGAGAGUGGUGGGUAUUGGAUCAACAUGACAUGAGAGUGUUUGCCAUUGUGAUCAACAUGGGCUGGGAGUUCGUGGAUAUAAAAUACAUGAUUUCCUGGGUUCAAUUCAAAAUAUGGCAAUUAAGUGAUAGCAUUGGCUGACAUAAUUUGGUAAUUAUGUGAUAGAUUGGCUGACAUUUCGUGCUUAUCGGAUGGACUGACAUUUGGCAAUUAUGGUCUAGCUUUGGCUUACAUUUGGUAAUUAGGGUAUGGGACUGCCUGACAUUUGGUAAUAUGGGAUGGGACUGGUUGACAUUUGGUUACAACGCAACGCGAUUGGCUAAAAAUAUUUUCAAGAAACACCAUGUUCAUGUCCAUGUCAAAGCCAUAUUUUGUGUUCAAAACAAUCUCCUACUUUAAUGAACACUAAUCCUGAUGGUGUUUUUUUAACCAUUUCCUAGAUUGUUGUUUGCUGGUGCCAGAAAUGGACACAUGCCUCAGAUCUUGGGAAUGGUCAAUGCUAAAUAUUUGACCCCGUGGCCUUCAAUCUUUGUUUAUGUAAGUAAACGCUGUAGAUUUAAAGAUUGACCUUGUAGGUUGAUGGGUAGAUCUAAAGAUUGAACUUGUAGGUUGAUGGGUAGAUCUAAAGAUUGAACCUGUAGGUUGAUGGGUAGAUCGAAAGAUUGAACUUGUAGGUUGAUGGGUAGAUCUAAAGAUUGAACUUGUAGGUUGAUGGGUAGAUCUAAAGAUUGAACCUGUAGGUUGAUGGGUAGAUCUAAAGAUUGAACUUGUAGGUUGAUGGGUAGAUCUGAAGAUUGAACUUGUAGGUUGAUGGGUAGAUCUAAAGAUUGAACUUGUAGGUUGAUGGGUAGAUCUAAAGAUUGACCUUGUAGGUUGAUGGGUAGAUCUAAAGAUUGAACUUGUAGGUUGAUGGGUAGAUCUAAAGAUUGACCUUGUAGGUUGAUGGGUAGAUCUAAAGAUUGAUCAUGUAGGUUGAUGGGUAGAUCUAAAGAUUGAACCUGUAGUUUGAUGGGUAGAUCUAAAGAUUGAACUUGUAGGUUGAUGGGUAGAUCUAAAGAUUGACCUUGUAGGUUGAUGGGUAGAUCUAAAGAUUGAACUUGUAGGUUGAUGGGUAGAUCUAAAGAUUGAACCUGUACGUUGAUGGGUAGAUCUAAAGAUUGAACCUGUAGGUUGAUGGGUAGAUCUAAAGAUUGUACCUGUAGGUUGAUGGGUAGAUCUAAAGCUUGAAUCUGUAGUUUGAUGGGUAGAUCUAAAGAUUAAAUCUGUAGUUUGAUGGGUAGAUCUAAAGAUUGAACCUGUAGGUUGAUGGGUAGAUCUAAAGAUUGAACCUGUAGGUUGAUGGGUAGAUCUAAAGAUUGAUCAUGUAGGUUGAUGGGUAGAUCUAAAGAUUGACCUUGUAGGUUGAUGGAUAGAUCUAAAGAUUGAACUUGUAGGUUGAUGGGUAGAUCUAAAGAUUGAACUUGUAGGUUGAUGGGUAGAUCUAAAGAUUGAACCUGUAGGUUGAUGGGUAGAUCUAAAGAUUGAACCUGUAGGUUGAUGGGUAGAUCUAAAGAUUGACCUUGUAGGUUGAUGGGUAGAUUUAAAGAUUGUACCUGUAGGUUGAUGGGUAGAUCUAAAGAUUGUACCUGUAGGUUGAUGGGUAGAUCUAAAGAUUGAAUAUGUAGGUUGAUGGGUAGAUUUAAAGAUUGUUCCUGUAGGUUGAUGGGUAGAUUUAAAGAUUGUUCCUGUAGGUUGAUGGGUAGAUUUAAAGAUUGUACCUGUAGGUUGAUUGGUAGAUUUAAAGAUUGUACCUGUAGGUUGAUUGGUAGAUUUAAAGAUUGUACCUGUAGGUUGAUGGGUAGAUCUAAAGAUUGAACCUGUAGGUUGAUGGGUAGAUUUAAAGAUUGUUCCUGUAGGUUGAUGGGUAGAUUUAAAGAUUGUACCUGUAGGUUGAUGGGUAGAUCUAAAGAUUGAACCUGUAGGUUGAUGGGUAGAUUUAAAGAUUGUUCCUGUAGGUUGAUGGGUAGAUUUAAAGAUUGUUCCUGUAGGUUGAUGGGUAGAUUUAAAGAUUGUACCUGUAGGUUGAUUGGUAGAUUUAAAGAUUGUACCUGUAGGUUGAUGGGUAGAUUUAAAGAUUGUACCUGUAGGUUGAUGGGUAGAUUUAAAGAUUGUACCUGUAGGUUGAUUGGUAGAUUUAAAGAUUGUCAUCCAACACCGAAGCAAUAAUCUGCCACCCAACCCAAUGACAUUGUCACUGGGCAUAUGUCCUUGGCAUCUAACACAAUGACCUUUUCACCAACUACAAAUGACAAUUGUUAAUGAAACAAUGACCUUGACCCAUAUUGCGAUCGCCUAACCUCUCUGUCUUGUCACGUGAUCAGCUUGCCUGGGGGAUGGUGAUGUUGUUCACCGGUGGUGUCACCGACAUGAUGGACUUCAUCGCUCUGUUCUCCACCAUCAUGGCCAUCGUGGUCAUCGCUUCUCUCAUCUACCUGCGCUGGAAGAAACCCGAUGAGAAUCGUCCUUAUAAGGUAAGAAAGUUAACCAAAGGGACAUUCUCGGGCAAGAUGUUUAUUUCAUACGGGUUUUCUGACAAAUGAUUGAAUGUUGAGAUUUGACCUUUCUAAUGGUUUUCUGACAAAUGAUUGAAUGUUGAGAUUUGACCUUUCUAAUGGUUUUCUCACAUGUGAUUGAAUGUUGAGAUUUGACCUUUCUAAUGGUUUUCUCACAUGUGAUUGAAUGUUGAGAUUUGACCUUUCUAAUGGUUUUCUCACAUGUGAUUGAAUGUUGAGAUUUGACCUUUCUAAUGGUUUUCUCACGUGUGAGUGAAUGUGGAGAUUUUUUUAUCGGUUUGAUAGACGUUUAAUGAAUAUGUCAAUGAUGAAGUGUGGCAUUAUGUACCACCAGUGUUUGUGGUAUAUGUGUGACAUAUAUAUAUGAUUAAUUGUGGCAUAUAAUUGAUAUCUCAGUGCCUGAUUGGGUCAUAUAAUUGAGAUUUCAGUGAUUUGGCCAUAUUAUUGAUAUGUUAGUGUUUGAUUGGGACCUAUAAUUGAAUUUGAUAUGUCAUUGUUUGCUCAAGUCAGAGAAUUGAGAUGUCGGUGUUUGAUUCUGGCAUAAACUGGCAAUGCCAGUGUUUGACUGGGGCAUACUUUGAUUGAUCUAAUGAUUGCUUGUGUCCCUCCCAGACCAUGUGGUUUAUCCCCAUCACCGAGAUCAUCGUGAACGUGGCCGUCCUAGUUCUGGCCAUUUACCAGAAACCCAAUAAGAUGGGCAUUGGGCUCGCCAUUCUAUUUGCGGGGAUCCCCGUCUAUUGGUUCGGCGUCCUAUGGAAGAACAAACCGCGAGAGUUCACGGAAAUUGUU